CUUCCGUAUCGAGAGGUUGGAAGGAAACUUGCCAUCAGCUAAGCCCCCUAAUUCUGGUUAUAUACUUUCUAUCAAUCACUCACUAGUUUUAUAAUUAGUCAAUCUAGGAUUGCAAUUUCAAUUUUCAUGUGCUUUUUAAGCUGUUGUAGUUCAGUUCGGAGCGACCUCUAGUGGGUUUCGAGACCUAGAAUUUCUUGAAUCGAACUCUUUUAAGUUUUACUAGUUGAAAACAUUACCUUUUUUUUUUUUCAUGAAUUGCUGAGGAUUUGGCUAAAUUGAUCGAGCAUAAGCUGUACUUCUUAUUUUGUUGGACUUGAAACAAUGGUUAAGUUCUGAAAAUUUAAUGCCGGAGCUUGUAAUAAAAGUAUUUUCAGCAAAUUAGUUAAAAUUUAUAAUUAACGUGAUAAAGCAGACAUUUUCUUUGCUGCAACAUCAGUUAGAGAAGUUAGAAAUCUCAUUACACCAAAUGGGCCCAAAUAUGUCAAUUAGCUUAGUUCUGUACUUGUUUUUGAGCCCUGAGUCAGAGUGUUGCUGACUCAAUUUUUUAAAUAUUUUUGGUUUCUUUGGUUAUCUUUUGUUUUGGUUUAUACUCUCUUAUAAGGGACAAUUUAAUGCCUUAGUUAUGUGUAUUUAAAUUAUAGUCAUUUAAUAACUUACAAAUGCAUUUACAUCAAUCCUCCAGCUGAAGUUGAUGCCAAUGCAGAGGAGAGAAGACCAGAGCUGUAUGUUGAGUGUGCAUUGUACAUUGAUGGUGCUCCAUUUGGGCUUCCCAUGAGAACAAGGCUAGAAUCCACAGGUCCGUCAUAUUGCUGGAAUGAACUCAUUACGUUGAGUACUAAGUAUAGAGAUUUAACUGCUAAUUCACAGCUUGCAUUAACAGUUUGGGAUGUUUCUUGUGAUAAAAAUGAGGGUUUGAUUGGUGGGGCCACCAUUCAUCUCUUCAACAUGAAGAAACAGCUUAAAACAGGGAAGCAUAAGCUCAGGCUUUGGCCAGGAAAAGAGGCAGAUGGAUCUAUUUGUACAACUACUCCUGGAAAGGUUCCCAAGGAGGAGCGGGGGGAGUUGGAGCGUUUGGAAAAGCUUGUGAACAAGUAUGAAAGGGGACAGAUUCAACGAGUUGAUUGGCUGGACCGCCUCGCAUUUAAAGCCAUGGACAAAAUUAAGGAACGUGAAAGCAACAGAAAUGCAAGUUCUCAUUUAUGCCUUAUUGUUGAUUUUAGCAGUUUCGAACAUCGAGUUGUUUUUCAGGAGUCUGGAGCAAAUUUCUUAAUUCCGUCUCCUAUAGCUUCAACAAAUGAACUGGUUACUGUGUGGGACCCAGAAGUGGGAAAAGUCAAUCCCUCUGAGCACAAACAACUAAAGCUUGCAAGGAGUUUAACUCGUGGCAUCAUUGACAAGGACCUUAAACCAAGCAUUUCUGAAAGAAAGUCAAUACAAAGAAUUUUAAAAUAUCCCCCAACAAGGACUUUGAGUGGAGAUGAGAGGCAACUAUUGUGGAAAUUUCGUUUUUCAUCAAUGUCCGAGAAGAGGGCUCUCACAAAGUUUCUACGGUGCGUUGAAUGGAGUGAUGUUCAGGAAGCAAAGCAGGCAGUAGAACUAAUGGGUAGAUGGGAAAUGAUUGAUGUGUCUGAUGCAUUGGAGCUUCUAUCUCCUGUUUUUGAAAGUGAAGAGGUACGUGCAUAUGCCGUCAGUGUUCUUGAUAGAGCUGAUGAUGAAGAGCUACAAUGUUACCUACUCCAGCUCGUUCAAGCUCUUCGGUUUGAGCGUUCUGAUAAAUCUCGCCUUUCUCAUUUCCUUGUGCAACGUUCAUUGCACAACAUCGAUUUGGCUAGCUUUCUCCGGUGGUAUGUCGCUGUGGAACUUCAUGAUCCUGCAUACGCAAAGCGUUUUUACUGUACCUACGAAAUUCUGGAAGAAAAUAUGAUGAAGUUGGGAGUUGGUGCAAAUGGAGAUGAAGAUGGAUUUAAGCUGUGGCAGAGUUUGGUGCGUCAGACAGAACUGACAGCUCAGUUGUGUUCUAUAAUGAGAGAUGUACGAAAUGUACGGGGUGGAACUCAGAAGAAGAUUGAAAAGCUUAGGCAUCUUCUUUCUGGCCUUCUUAGUGAGCUCACCUACUUUGAAGAGCCAAUACGGUCACCUCUUGCGCCAGGUGUCCUCAUCUCAGGGAUCAUUCCAUCGGAGUCAUCAAUAUUUAAAAGUGCACUGCAUCCUUUGCGCCUGGCUUUUCGAACAGCUAGUGGCGGAACUUGCAAGAUUAUAUUUAAGAAGGGAGAUGAUCUUCGCCAAGACCAGUUGGUCAUUCAAAUGGUAUCUCUUAUGGAUCGGUUGCUUAAAUUGGAGAAUCUUGAUCUGCUUUUAACUCCAUAUAGAGUGUUAGCAACUGGACAUGAUGAAGGCAUGGUUGAAUUCAUACAAUCUAAACCUUUAGCACAGGUACUUUCCUCGCCAACAUCCAUCUAGAAACGAUGCUUUGCAACUUAAAUAUCACAGGAAAAACUAGUGCUGACUUUAUUCGACUGCCAGAUAAUUAACUCUAACUCUAAGUGAUACAUAAGUAGUCCUUUUGCAUAUUGGUUAUUGGCAAUCAAACCGUUUAAACAGCAUUGUGCCUGUUUUUUUCUCCCUUAUUAUUAGGAUAUGUUAGAAAGAUAGUUGCAGUAG